GAAUCCGUUGUAGUGGUCAGUGGGGGCGUUUGUGGCCGGACAGGCUAAUACCUCUGAGCGUGAGUGCGCGAACAGACGGGGUGAGUGGCGAAGGAGGCGGUUUUCGCCUCAGAGCGCGUGGGAUCCCUGACACCCCACCACGGGGCAUGACAUGUCUUAAGACAAUUUAUUGCAAGCUGUGACACAUUGCUGUGGUCUUUCGGUGUCCCAAAGGGAUAAAGCUGGAUCAGGAUUGGGCCGUAGUAUGAAUAACUUCGAAAAGCUCACCGUUGGAGAGCCAUAUCUCGGAAUUGACGGCAAUGAGAAAACGAUGAAUUGUAUUCUGGUUUAGAUAUUAUUUUAUAGGCUAUUCAGAUUUCUGUCAAUAUCUCUCUAACACAAGUGUCUAUUCACGGGAGGCACCGGGAGAGUGGCUAGACACCCUCGAAAGUGAAAGUAAAUAUUAUCGUCUGGCAUCGCCGUGAUUCGCGAGGCGACGUGGACAAGCACGAGGCUACUCUUGAACGGACAUUAAUAUCUGGUAAGACAGGAAGCUGUUGACUUCACGACAUAGAAAGUGGACAACAUCGUGCUGGGGUUUUAGCCUUGGGAAAUUCCACUUUUUAUUUCCAUUUGUAAUGGAAAGGGGGAGUGCGUUUCUUUGAGAGUAUUUUAUGAUCUACGUCACAGCUAAGGGAGAUUAUUCUCUCUCAAUGACUACACACGCGCGCGGAUCCCGCUUUGUCCCACGCUUAAAACCUUGAGGUCAGUCUUUCAGGUGUCCAUUUGCACCUUGGGGAUGGCGCCAAGUAGGACAAUCCAGGGCUGAGAGAACUGUAUGAGGAGAAGGAGAAUCAAAGAGGAAGACCUUCUGAGGGGACGAGCAUCCUCGCGAACUGCGUCAGUCCUGCAGGAGGAAGAGACCUAGACCGCUGAGAGCGCCCCGCCCCCCUCGCCAGCAGCUGCCACGGAGAGCAGCGGAGGAGACCGCCGCCGAUCACCCGCCGGAGGACCGCCCGCCGCGCUUCGUUUUUCCGCUUCGGGGCCCCCACCCGCCCCCCCCCCGCCGCCCCGGGAGAGGAGGGAGAGGGAGACGGGACAGCGAGGGAGACGGGACAGCGAGGGCGAGAGACGGGCGCGACCCCCGGGAGACCGACCCUUCUGCGUGUGCCGGAGCCGCCUGCGGUCCUCCCCCCCCCCCCCCCCCCGGAGCCAUGACCCGUGCAGCGAUUUGGCUCUCUGCACUGGUAUUGGGUUUAACCUGGUUACUGCCGGCUGCGGUGAUGUCCACUCCACCCCGCAUCUGCACGUCUAUAGACACCCUGAAGGACAGGCUCAACUUCACCAACAGGAGACAGUACAUGAAGCACAAUUUUCCGAUUAACUACACCAUUCGAGUGCAUUAUGUUGAGGUCUUCAGGGUGCACAACAUCAGUCUCCUGAACAGGACGGAGGAGCUGAAGGCCCGGGACCUGCAGGAGCUGUGGCUCCUGAUCAAUCAGGAGGUGCUGAAGAAGGUGCUGAGGGUGCUUCCCGAAAGGCACCCGUCCCGCACGUACGCCUCGGACCUGGAGAACCUGUUCAGGAUAAUCCAGCAGCUCUUCCUGCAGGAGCUGGGCGAGUGGGAGCCUCCUGAGGUGCUGCAGGAGGUCCUGGACAGUGUGAGAGAUCCAGAGGUCACAGAGUGGAAGUCGGUGAAGCCCAAAGCCCUGCUGGACAACUGCUACCGCACCAUGCACUGUCUGUUCUGCGACUGCUUCCAGUGCCAGGAGAACUUCUGUGAUGUUCUUCACUGGAAGAGAGGGAACAAGAGGCCGCCCAAACAGGCCUGAAGAAGCCUCUCUCUCUCUCUCUCUCUCUCUCCAAGGGGGAGUCGGGCAGGACUGAGCCCAAGGUUCUGCCUCGCCCAGCGAUCUCCAGGCAGGCAGGGGCAUGCUCUGUGCUGAACACUACUCUUCAACGCUCUGCUUCUGUUUGCUGUCAUGGAGACAGCCUCCAAAAAAAAACAAAACAAAACACUGCACGGGGCCCCCCCACCCCCUCCCCUCCCACCCCUCGUCCGUCCACAUGUCCGUUCCCAACAUGCCACGCCCGCCAAGAAGGGGACUCCCGAUUGGUUUAGGACGCACGCUCACGGUGCUCCGUCUCUGCAGCUGAUUGGGUCUCCGAUGGUAACACCUGGCUCUCCUGCCUGGCAGAGAGCCCUGGGGAGAACACGCUCCGAUCCCGCGAGACGCCGCUGCAGGCAGCCAAGGCUUCGUAGCUUCUGCGCUUCUAGCAUGCUUCAGUGCAGUCAGUCCAGUCCGUAGUGCUUCACCGCUAGCCGCCGUGGAGUGUGUACAUAAAUGUAAACCCGAUCGCGUCUGUGCUGCUGCGAAUCAACAGCUUCCAGAGGCCUUUCGUAGGGCUUUUCCAAAAUAGGCCUCGCAGCCGCCCCGCGCGCCUGCAACCCGUGCCCUGUGCACGCGCCGAGAAAGCCGUCAGGAAGCUGGAAAGGACAUUCCACAGCCCCAGUCACAGCUCGCCUCUCUCUACCCCAGGGUAGCCGAGACUCAAUGACUGCGUGCCCGCGGCUGUGUCCUGAUCACAGUGGUCCUGAUCAACUGUAAUAUCCUUCUUUUAUACAGCGUUGUCGUGUUUGAUAUUUUUUCGGAAAGCCGAGUUCGUGAGGAACAGUUUGUUGUCGUUGGUUUUGUGGUGUAGUGGGCAUUUCAUUUCAGGGUCCUCGCCAAGGUUGGUGUUCUGGUGCGUUCUCACCGAUUCCGGCGCUCGACGCGUUCUGUUCAUUUUCCGCGUGGAGGCUGUGCGGUGUGUGGUGGUUGCGGCCCGGCGAGUGGUGUGGUGCGUUCGCCGGUUCUGUAUUCGCAUAGGGUAUGCUCCACCAUUAUUCUAUGGGAGAAGAAACCAGCGCAGCUCGCCUGGCUCACGAAACAGCAACUGCAUUGCCCGUUUCUCGACCUUCUUCAGAAACACAUUUCUGUGGACUGUCUAGGUGGAAUAAGAGAAAGCUUACGAACAGGCCGCCAUGUUGUUCUGGUUUGAAGAUGGGGAGCCAAAACCGACUGCAGUGCAUCUGUCCAAUCAGGGACAGGCUACACCACUCGUUCGGGUCCCGCCGAAUCAAACGGACAGUUUGGGGAAUCGGUGAGAACGCACCUUCAGAUGCAAAUCGAUUUGCAGUAUUCAGUGUUAAUGCCCCUCUGUGUCGGUGGCAUAAAGGUGUGGUGUGACUUUUUACCGAUAAGGCAGGAGAAAGCAAUUUUAUGUUUCGGUGAGCCCAGUAGUUCAGAUUCUCCUUUGGUCUGUUAUGGUUUUGUUUGAUGUUUCGGGUAUAUUUGGGGAAACUGGCGUUGUUCAGGGGCUCUUAUCAACACUGCGUAUAGUCCAUUGGUACGGUACUCUGUUCAAAUUUUUUGUACUUUGUAACUCAGAUGCAAUUUGGUUGUUUUUAUACUUUCAUCUGUGCGAUAAGUAUGUAACAUUUGUAUUAUGUAACUCUACCAAUCUGAACAUUUUAGGAUACAUUUAUUUGUCUCAACUUGGCACUCCUCCUAAUCUUGUUGAAGGUUAACUGCUUUACGGUGUCUCACACAGAGUCUCUGAUAGCUUGCCAUUCGUAGGCCCUUUCCUGUGUCUUUGUGGGUAUACCAUACUGUUACAGCACUAAUGUACUGUUAGACCGCUACCAGCCCCUGGCAUAUAGUCCUGCGCUCUAAUUUAUUUAGAACACAACAGCAAAGGCACAGUGCUCAAACUACGCUGGAGGCCAACGCUUGGCACUCUUGUGUUCUGUAAUGUCUGUAGGCAGUGAGGUUUCUAAGUUUUAUAAUGGAGUCAGAUGUAAAAUAAAAUAUAUAGGAUGUAUCCCCUCGAAAUUCCAUUCCCGAAACAGCCGACGUAAGCGUAACCACGCCAUCCCUUACCCACUUUCCGUUUCGUCACUGGGCGGAAAAGUGGUCGUCCCUACACUUUUGUGCCAAAAUGGCUGUUCUUUGUAGCUUAGGCUAAGCUAUUAGAUGUUGGUGAACUGUGUACUUUGUCUUUCUUCAGUGCUGUGUCCUUGUAAAAUUGCAUGCAGAUGUUUAGCCAACUUGCUGGCUUAGUUGGCUAAUUUCCGCAACCUGUAAUAUUGGCCUUGAUCAUUUCUUGGGUGAUUUUAUUUACAGCAAAGAUGACCUUGAGAAAGCCCAAUAACCAAGUAUGAAAAUAUAUACAUAUCUAUAUAUAUUGAUCAUGGCCAGAUCUAAAUAACAAAUAUAGUUUACUUUUUUAUGUGGAUAUUUUUGUGUAACUAUUUAUUUGGGAAUGUUGCCCACGUGCAGAUUGUCCUUGUGAGGAAAUGAUUGAAAUAAAUGGCAAGAUAACCCUG